GCUGAAAGAAUGAGUGUGGCCCAUGUCUGGGACCGGCCGGUGUGUGACAAGGCCGGCAGACCCAAGGCGGCCGGGCACUGCGGGGAGAUCACGCCGCUUCUCCGAGGGCAAGGCGGUCACGCGUACCUGCGAGAAUGGCUUUGGUGGGCAGGGCUGCUGUGCAUGGGAGUUGGAGAAGCAGCAAAUUUUGCUGCCUAUGCCUUUGCCCCUGCAACGCUGGUAACUCCACUGGGUGCUCUAAGUGUCCUUGUUAGUGCAGUUCUGUCUUCCACCUUCCUGAAUGAGCAGCUGAAUGUUCAUGGGAAGAUUGGCUGCAUCCUGAGUAUAUUGGGCUCCACGGUGAUGGUGAUCCAUGCUCCGCAGGAAGAAGAGGUUUCCAGCCUGGAGUCAAUGGCAGAGAAACUGAAAGAUCCAGGAUUCAUUGUAUUUGCUGCGUGUGUCCUGGUGAGCUCCCUUCUGCUUAUCUUCGUGGCUGGACCUCGUUAUGGGCAGAGCAACGUCCUAGUUUAUGUUUUGGUCUGCUCUGCCAUCGGCUCACUUUCUGUGUCCUGUGUCAAAGGCCUGGGGAUUGCCCUGAAAGAACUGUUUUCUGGGAAGCCCGUCCUGAAAGAACCACUGGGCUGGGUGCUCCUGGUGUGCCUGGUGAUCUGCAUCAGCAUCCAGAUCAACUAUCUGAACAAAGCCUUGGACAUCUUCAACACAUCUGUGGUCACACCCAUUUACUACGUGCUGUUCACCACAGCAGUCAUGAUGUGCUCUGCCAUCCUCUUCAAGGAGUGGCAACACAUGGUGCUAGACAACAUCAUCGGCACCAUCAGUGGCUUCCUCACCAUCGUGUCCGGCAUCUUCCUCCUGCACGUCUUCAAGGACAUGCCCUUCACCCCUGACCUCCUGCCCCUCUUCCUACAGCAAGGCAGGGCAGACCUGCAUACCUCAUGGAGGAGUGCAGACAGACACCAGUCAUGUCAGCACCAGCCUCUUCUGCCCUCAGAGGACAAAGGCUCCCAGAGCACAGAGGAGGAAGAAGGUGAAAGCGUGUGA